CCAUGAAAUCUAUUCUUAUCGCCAUCGUCCUCCCCCUCCUCUCUCUCCUCUCUGUCGUCUCCUCCUUUGAAUAUUCACCCAACCCUAAGACUAUCGUCGUUGCGAUUGACGGUACUGGCUGCGACAAGAGUUACUCAGCCAAGAAUACCAUCGUCGCAAAGACCGCCGACUUCCUUGACACCGACAAUUCCAUCGUGAAGUAUAUUCCCGGUGUUGGAUCUCCGUGGAACUUCUUUGACAAGAUCAUUGGAGGAGCUCUGGGCCUGGGCAUCAAUCAGAAGACUCUGGAGGGCAUUCGGCCAAUUAUCGACAACUACCAAUACGAUAGUAGGAUCAUACUUACCGGGUAUAGCCGUGGCGGUCUUGUGGCAUACAAAGUGGCCUCUUUCCUCGAUGCUGUUGGCCUCCCGCCACGUGGCACACCAAAUAAAACCCUCGAAGUCCUCUUCCUUGAAUACCUCAAACUCCCCAACAAUGACGAUGGGAAUACAGAUGCUUCAGUGCUCAAAGGAAAAUAUGGCUGUGUUGAGGUCGAGAUCGAAGCCUUAGCACUUUUUGAUCUCGUGAGUACUGUCGGUCUUCCACGAACGGGGCUCCUCAAGUACUUCCCAAGAUGGCACUCCAAGCAAGACACCAUCUUGAUGCGUUUGCCAAACAAUGUGCGCCACGCUUACCACGCAAUGGCGCUCCACGAAGAACGCCCGCCUUUCGUUAACUCCCUCCUAUUCACUGAUCCCACCAACAAACCUCAACAGGAGCUCAACCAGACCUGGUUCCCAGGCAGCCAUGCGGACCUGGGCACCGAUCACCAUCAUGGCGCUGGUGCCCUCAACGACAGUCCUGCGGCAUGGGUACUCGCCAAGAUCGAACAACUGGGUAUUUCCACCAACAAAACCGCCAUCAAUCAUCGCUUUGGCCAGGUAAUAAGAAGCUCCAGCCUAGACUUCAUUACCCGCAACGCAAAGAGAACACAUAAGGGUGUAAUGAAGACCAUGGGCCGCGAACCUCGCGUUCCGAAUAGGUUCAAUACGACAGGAAAAACCACCCACGAGUCCAUCUCCUGGACUGUGAACCUGCGUGGCUCAGGCGCAAAUGAGGGCCAAGAUGCUGUUCCAGACCACUACUUCCCUGACAUGGAUCUCGGGUUACCAACUCACGAAGUCAACUUCGACGAGACUGUGUGCUAUGACCAUGAGAUGGGGAACGGGACUACAAUUAAAGAGAUGUCCCCAAGCAUCGCAAUAGCGGCGAAUCCAAUGAUAGAUAGGUACUGGAUUUCGCGUACCUCUGGCCAGAAACUGCCCAUCAUGUCGCCUAUGGCCGCUGAAGCACGAUAUCUCAGUUUGUGCCUCAAGCUGCAAGUUGCGGGGCUGCGGUGUCCCUUCUUGAAUGCGUAGGACUGGACAUGGAUUGGCGUGGCCUGCGAUCGUUGUGAUCCAGGCCAUUGAAAACUACACGAGGUCUGGAUAUGGCGGAUGAGCGAGGCGUUGGAUAGGGUUCUGGAUAUGGUAUGGUUUGGCGUGGCCUUUUUUUUU